AUGUCUCAACAACAUCAAACAAAAGAUUCUCUCUCAUCAUCAUCAAACAAACCCUUGAAAAUUGCCUUUACACAUCCCGAUCUUGGAAUUGGUGGAGCAGAGAGGUUGAUUGUGGAUGCUGCUGUUGGAUUACAAAAUUUGAAAGGUCAUCAUGUUACUGUAUUCACUUCUCAUCACGAUCCUAAACAUUGCUUUUCGGAAACUUGUGAUGGAACUUUGAAAGUCCAUGUCUAUGGAGAUUUUCUUCCGAGAGCAUUGUUUGGAUAUUUUCAUGUCUUUUUUGCAAUAUUGAGAAUGUUCUAUUGUUCUUUCAUGAUGUAUCUCAAUCAUUCAUCCGAGAAUUAUGAUAUCAUCAUUGUCGAUCAAGUGAGUCAUCACAUUCCUCUCCUGAAAUUAUUCUUUCCAAAAUCAAAAAUUAUUUUCUAUUGCCACUUUCCAGACAAGUUGUUGGUUCGUUGGGACGAUUCAAGAAUUUCCCUUCUCAAAAAACUGUACAGAAUUCCAUUCGAUUAUUUUGAAGAAGUGACCACUGGAAUGGCUCAUUCCAUUUGCGUGAAUUCUGAUUUUACCAAGCAAAUUUUCUAUGAAUCCUUCAAAAGACUUGCCAACUGCACCGUGCAAGUUCUGUAUCCACCCAUUAAUGUCUCUUCCUAUGAUGAAGAACCAUCUGAUUCUGACUUGGAAAAAUGUACCUUCUUUAAGAGAAUUCAAGAAUGUGAUCUGAGUGUCGUCUCCAUCAAUAGAUUUGAAAAGAAGAAGAACAUUGCACUUUUGGUGAAGGCUUUUGCCAAGUAUGUGAAGCCCCAAUUUCCAGAAGCUCUCCUUAUUUUAGCUGGAGGUUAUGAUCCACGAAUUGCGGAGAAUAUUCAAGUGUUGGAAGAAUUGAAGCAACUUGUGAAGGAGAAUGAUCUUCAGGAUCAAACCAUCUACGUGCCAUCAUUCAAUAAUAUUGAUCGUUAUGUCAUGUUAAGGUACUGCACGGUGGUGGCCUACACACCACAGGGAGAACAUUUUGGAAUUGUACCAGUGGAGGCCAUGUAUUGUGAGAGAUGUGUGGUUGCUCUCAAGAGUGGUGGACCCAAAGAGAGCAUUAAGGACGGAGAGACAGGUCUGUUGGCUGAAAUUCAUCCUCACAACGAAGAAGAAACCGUCCGAAACUUUGGCAAUUGCAUUUGUGAAUUCUUGGUCAUGACACCAAAGCAACGAGAGAAUUUUGGACAAAGAGCGAGACAACGUGUCAUUGACAAUUUCACUCUCCAAUCCUUUGCUACAUCCUUGAAUCGUAUCAUCAGGUCGUGA